AUGUGCCGGGCGGGCCACUCGAGGUGGCUCUUUACCGAUUCAGAAAGCUGCUUUGUCGGCGAGGACACGCGUCUGUAUCGAUGCGUUUGUCCCAUUGCGACGUGCUCUGUCACCCCAACAGGCCACGCGUGCCGUCUCACUUCGUCUUUCUUGGUGUUUUGCGGGUUUCUGCUUCUCGUCUGGCUCCUCGCAGUGGGAGCGUAUGUUUACAUGUCGGGACUUAUCUGGGAACAUCAGAAGACAGUCAAGCCGGAGAGGAGCUAUCCAAUUGGUGGCGGUUACUACUAUGAGAAGUUGUUCGGUAGCGAUAAUGUGGAAAUGAAUGAGACACAAGGAGCUCGCCCACUGGAGAGGAGGGAGGAAGGAGCUUAG